CAACAACCAACCGCUCCACAGCCGGCCUUCCUGCUAUCCUGUACUGGUAUCGUAGCCUGGAGACCCCAACGCCAACUUUGAAUGGCGCCCCAAAACAACAUAUACAAUAGUCCUAUUACCUGUGCACUUUACUCCUGUACAACGUCCCAUAUAUUAAUAUCACCAUCAUGAAGUACCAGUAACACAGCAACAUGACCACCACUACCCCAUCUCCCUACAAAGUCCUCUUCAUCCUCGGCGGCGGCCCCCGCAUUGGCCAUUUUGUCGCCAAACGGUUCCUACAAGAUGGAUACAAAGUCGCCAUUGGCCGACGACACCCUCCAUCCGACAAAGACACCUCGGACUCUCACGUCGAACUUGAACCUGAACUGAAAAAAGUCCUAUUUGUCACCGUCGACGUGUCGAGUCGAGAAUCGAUACACUCUGCCUUUUACCGAGUGGAAGCCGAACUCGGGGUUCCUAAUGUGGUUGUGUAUAAUGCCGCUGACCUCACAUUUCCCACCAACAUCGACGACCCGUUUGCAAUCUCGCCUGCCGACUUUGAACAAGAUCUGGCCGUGAACGCGAGCGGCGGAUACUCUGCUCUUCACCAUGCGAGUCGUGGAUUUUUGCGUCUGAAAAAAGAAAAGAAAGGGUCAGACUCGAUUCCGACUCUUCCGUGCGUCUUUAUUGCAACGGGGAAUGUCACGCCGUUUCAACCUGAUCCCAUGGCCACGACUUUGGGGUCGGGCAAGGCUGCACUGGCGUAUCUUGUUCAGGUGGGGAUGAAGGCUUACGAAGGGAAUGGGAUCCGGUUCUAUUUCGCCUCCCAGGUCACUGGAGAAGAUAAGCCCGUUCCGUAUCAGGAAGUCAGCGGUCUCGCUCAUGGUGAAGUGUAUUUAAACUUGGUGAAUCGGGAUCUGGCUCGCAAUGUGUGGCAUGUAAAGUUCACGGCGAAUAAGGAUGGGACGAAGGCGAGGGUGGAAUGGGAGACUGAAUAGCCCAUAGAUACCAUGUCCGAAGUCAUGUAUGUCUAUGCUAUAUUAGGAAAAUGAGGAUUAAUAGAGGUUUGAUAUAGGUUCAGGAUAGGUUCAGGAUACUAAGUAGGUUUAGGAUAGGUUCAGGACAGGUUCAGGAUAGUUUAAUAGAUAAUUAGUACUAAGUAUAGAACUAAUAGACUAAUAUAGAAUACUUACUAUAUAGCUAGGAAUUAAA